AAUUAUCUAACUUACACCUCCAUCAUGUUCAAUAUUGUGACAGUCUAUGCCAUACACAAAACCUCGGCGAUGGCAAAGACUUUAAAAACUCUGCUGCUGAGUCUUGCUUGUUCUGAUGUUGCGGUUGGUUUGUUUACUCAACCAUUAUACAGUUCCCAUCUGAUCAAGUGGCUUCAACUGGACGAUCCUGGCUGUAAAACUCGGCAAAUGUGGUUUAUUUCAUGUAAUUUAUUGUCAACUGUCUCGUUCCUCGGUGUUGUGGCUGUAAGUGUAGACAGGUUCUUCGCACUUCAUCUUCAUCUCAGAUACCAAGAACUUGUGACUCACAAGCGCGUUGUUAUUGUGGUGAUCAGCAUAUGGGUGUUCAGUGCAUUUGUUUCUUCGAUAACAUUGUGGGGGUUAGUCAGUACUCGAGAUCUUAUUAUUUUAGUUUCUGCGUCUUUCGGUUUCUUUAUCACAGCUGUGGUCUACAUCAGGAUAUAUUUAACUGUACGACGACACAGGAAUCAGAUUCAGUCCAUGCAAAUACGAGACAAAGCUCAGUCUGAUAUAAUGAAAAACUUUGCUGGUGUCAUUAAAUCAACAGUUGGAAUAUUCUACGUAUAUCUCGUAUUUUUAAGUUGUUAUUUGCCUCUUCUGAUUUGCCUGGCUGUUACUCGAAUCUAUGGCUCGAAUUCGGCUUUAAAAAAGUUCUUUCUUUUCUCAUGGACUCUCGUGUAUCUAAAUUCAACUUUGAACCCUGUCAUUUACUGUUGGAAGAUGAGACAAACUCGACACGCUAUUAUAGACAUACUGUGGAAGAUAUAUCAGAGAAUAAAUCAGCCAUCUCGCGUAAUUUACAAUCGGCCAUCGAGCGUGGUCCAUGUUGACAACUGAUCUACUCUGUGUGGCUUACAAGGACUAUACGCAGUUUAUAAAUAUACGACAAAGUAAAUAGGGACAAAGAAGAUUAAACAUAAACUUAGUGAUUUGAUCCGUCAGCCAAAUAAUUGCGCAGCUCCGAAUUUAACACCACAACAUAUCAAAUUGUUGCAACUGGAUAGAAAAAGAGUACUUUGAACAAGGAAGCUGGUUUUGUUAUCGAUGGACCGUGAGAUUGUAAUUACAGAUGGCAAUUAAAGAAGUAUAGCAGACAUGAUAUUAUUCGGCAUACCAACGUUUUCGUAGCUCUAAAAUUAAAAUCAAGAUUAAAAUAAGAUAAGAGUGGAUGUGGACCUAAGCUUCUUGCAGGGGGUUUCUUUUAUCCAUUGAAAAGUUUGUCCAUGACUGCGAAAUGAUUCGCCAACUCUCUUAGGACUACCACUGACAACUGAAUGACGUGCCAGCUUGGAAUAAAAAUGAAGGAAACUUGAGCCAUCCGUCUUUCUACCUCAAAGGCAGAAUUACGAACGUACGCCGUAAUAGGGGAGAAGAAAAACUUCUUGCUCUUAAUGUAAAGUCAACUCCUUGACUCCUCUUCAUGUGCAAUUUUAAGAAACUUUCAAGCAAGCAGGUAACGAGAAUGACAAAGAUAAUCAAUUAGAGAUCAUGGUGUAGAUUGCAAGACUUUCGGGGCCGAACAACAAAUUUAAGAUAUAACUGAAGGGAAUAAACCUCCAUGUCCCAGACCAGUUCAUUGGAAGUUAAAAAGUUAAAUGAUCCUACGACUUAAACGGUAUAGCGUCACAUUAAGAGCGGAAGAAAGAAAACAACCAGGAGCUAGUACUUUUUAAGAGGGAGAAAAAAUUGAUGUUAGUCAUUGGCUGUUGGGUGGAUUGCAAAAAUAAAAAAAAAAAGGAUUGAUUGAUACUCUCGAGAACUGAACAUUCAGCGAAAAGAUUUCGUUUGCCUUUACACUUUUGAGAUAAAAACUACGUCGAAGCAAAAGGCUGCAUAUGAAAACGAAAACAGAGGCGGCUUUAGAGUUGUUGUUUAGUUCGCAGAUGUUUUCUGGUGGUUCUAGAUAAUACCUGACCGGGAACUUUUGAGAGGUUAAAAUUAAGCAUGUUUCCGUAGUUAUCUCUUUUCGCUUAAGUUUCGUGAUUUCCAAUUUCUGGCCGAAAGAGAGGAUCUAGAACUUAAAAAGUGUCAGAACAUUAAUCUUGUCAACUGCUUAAAAGUUUAUUUUGACAGAUAAUCGAAACCUUAAAUUUCAGGCAUAUCUAUGAGAUUAGGUGGCGAUUUAAAAAAUCUCGGAGA